AUGAUAGCAAAGUGCGAUGAAGAUGGUGAAGAGGAGAAAGGAUCGAAGAGCGCCGAGGUAGCAGCGGCGCUGAAGCGUUUGGAAUGGUAUCCCAACACAGCUGCAUGGCAGCUCAACAUAGAUAAGAAGGACAUGAGAAAGAACAUCAAGACUUUGCAAGAUUUCUUGCUGAGAGAGGUUUCGGUGGGAAACAUAGUGAGAAUGGAAGCUGUUAGCAUGAUCCCAGCUAUUGUGUUGGGGCCCCGGCCAGGAGAGCUUGUGCUGGACAUGUGCGCUGCUCCUGGAAGCAAGACAGGACAGCUGCUCGAGAUGGUGGUUGCAAGUGGGGAGCACGGGGCUCUGAACAGCGUGCUGCAGCACGGAGGAGCUGUGCUCGCCAACGAUCCCGACAUCAAGAGGGCAAGGAUGAUGAUUCACAGGGCAAAGAGUUUGAGCAGCCCGUCGCUAGUGGUCACGGCUCUGCCCGGGCAGAGCUUCCCGAAGCUUUUAUCCGACGACAACACUGAGCUCCUCUUCGACCGCGUCUUGUGCGACGUGCCAUGCAGUGGGGACGGGACGAUUAGGAAGUCGCCCUAUACCCUCAAGCGAUGGCACCCGACCCACGGCAUUCAGAUCCACCUCCUACAGCUGCAGCUGCUGCGAAGGAGCGUGGAGAUAACCAAGGUGGGGGGCCGUAUUGUGUACAGCACGUGCAGCUUGAAUCCGCUGGAGAACGAGGCUGUGGUGGCGCAAGUGGUGGCGGACAGCAAAGGAGCUCUCAGGGUCCUCGACUGUCCUCCUCGGCUCUCGGCGCUGAGGAGGAGGAAGGGAUUAACCUCGUGGAGUGUGCCGGACAUGAACUCGAUAGAUCUCCUCUACGACAGUUUCGAUUCGAUCCCUGAGGCCCGGAACCACAAGGCGAGGGAGAGGGGAGGGUUCAGCAAGCGGGGGCUCCUGCGCUCCAUGUUCCCUCCCUCCUCGGAAGACGCCGACAAGAUCGGACUGGAAAGAUGCAUGAGGUUCUACCCGCAAGACGCAGACACUGGCGGAUUCUUCGUGACCCUCCUGGAGAAGACGGGAGAU